AUGACUUUUGUCUAUUUCGAGCGUGCUACAAAGCCUCAUGAGGUCACCAAGCAGAACAAUGAUGAUUUCAGAGAAGUGAACAGGAAACUCAUUCAAGCUGAGUUGAUGUCCAUUCUGGCUGCACGCGAAAACACAUUCUUCCCCGUAGGACAAGCCACAAUCGUUACCGAUUCCGCCGCUUGCUGUUACAGUCUCAAUCAGUUUGCCAUCGAAGCUUUGGAAAAUGGUGUCACAUUCACUUUUGAUGCAGAAGAAUUGGUUGAUGUCAAUAAGGCAAACAUGGGAGGGGUGCGCACAAAGACUGUGAAGAAAGCCUCGCGCGUUAUCAUCGAGAAGUACUACACCCGCCUCGGACGCGACUUCCACACAAACAAGCGAAUUUGCGAUGAAGUGGCCGUGAUUCCUUCAAAGAAACUCCGUAAUCGCAUUGCCGGAUUCAUCACACACUUGAUGGCACGUAUUGAGAGGGGUCCAGUUCGCGGAAUCUCCAUCAAGUUGCAAGAAGAGGAACGCGAGAGAAGAGACAACUAUAUGCCAGAGGUUUCGGUCGUCGAUCCACGCGAGCUUUCCGCAAUCAAGGUUGAUGCGGACACCGAGCAAAUGAUCAAAGAUAUGGAGCUGAACAUUCCAAGCCUUCAAGUCGAGGAAGCCAAGUCAGCAGGAGCUCCAGGAGGGGGAGGACGACGAUAC